AUGGCAUGUAUAUUUUGUCCCUUUUUCAGGGGUUUGGCCAGUGGUACAGAUGCGUCAUUUAGAGAAUGGUUUUCAAAGAUUGGUGAAAUCAGAUCCCUGUGCCCCAAAGCUGUCAUUACUGCCCUAACAGCCACCUCUACACCAAUUAAGAGAAGAAAAAUAAUGAAAAGUCUGUGCUUUGGUGCAAACUGUGAAAUAAUUUUGGAAUCUCCAGAUAGAGAUAACAUUAAAAUGUCAUCCAUGUGCCUAACCAAUAAUGAUUUGGAUCAGUCUUUUAAAUGGCUCAUUGAUGAUCUACAAACUCUACAAAAGGAACUAGCUAGACAUGUUAUAUUUUGUGAGAGUAUUGCUAAUGUGUCGAAGGUGUAUUCUGUUUUUUUUUAAUACUUUGGUAAAGACUGUCCUUACUUUGAAAGGUACCAUAGUAAGACACCUGAAACAGUCGAGGAGAAGAUAAGAUUGGACAUGACAGUUGAUGGGAUGAUAAGAAUUGUUAUUUGUACUAAUUCAGCAGGUAUGGGGGUCAAUUUCUGCUGUGUACAUAACAUUGUACAUUACGGUUUACCCAAAGAAAUGGAUACAUUUGUUCAGCAAAUGGGUAGGGCCGGUAGAGAUGGGGAAUUUUCACAUGAACUAAUAAUGUACAGAGCACACAAGGGUCACUUGAAGAAGGUGGAAUCUGAUUUAGUAAAACUUGCCAUGGAUGAUUCCCAAUGUAGACGACUAUUUCUUUGCUCAACCUAUCUUGUUGAAAAGUCAUCUAUCAUUCCGUUACAUAAUUGUUGUGAUAUUUGCGAGAAGAAGUGUGAGUGCCAUAUGGAUCAAUGUCCAAAUGCUCAUAAGGCUUUUGGAGCUACUUCACUGACCGAUUCUUCGAGUGAUGAAGAAUUACAACGCCCUGUUUCGGAAGAUGAAAGAAAUCUUCUGCGACAAAAGCUUUGUUCACUAAAAUACAGUUUAUCUCUUCAGUGUGGCUCAACCAUAGAAAGUGUAAUAACGCAUGGACUUACAGACAUUGUCAUUGGAGAAAUAGUUAGUAACUGUCAUAAAGUCUUUACACCAGAUGAUAUUAUGAAGAAUUUUGCUAUUUGGUCUUAUGAAACGGCAAUUGCUAUUUGCAGUGUAGUAUGUAGUGUGUUUGGAGAG